UCAUACAACGCUCCAAUCGCAGUGAGCGACUUCGCCCGACUUCACCGCUCAAAAGCACAACUACACCGCAUUUUUACUUCACUUUCUGACUUGUAAGUUGUGAGCUUUUGCCGGUUAAGUACGCGAGAAACACAUUUUCAUUCUUCAACUUCAAACAAAACAAUAAUUCAACAUGCCUGAAAUUGAUAUCUCUCCCAAACAAGACAAAGGUGUAUUAAAAGAGAUCCUCAAUGAAGGACAAGGCAGUGAAACACCUCCAAAUGGAUGCAAAGUUAAGGUACACUACACAGGAACCCUACUGGAUGGCACUCAGUUUGAUUCAAGCAGAGAUAGAGGCCAACCAUUUGAAUUUGAUCUUGGCAAAGGGAGUGUUAUAAAAGCAUGGGACAUUGGUGUAGCUACCAUGAAGAAAGGGGAAAGGGCCAUGCUCACUUGUGCAGCUGAAUAUGCCUAUGGAGAGUCAGGAAGUCCACCUACAAUUCCCCCAGGAGCUACACUAAAGUUUGAUGUGGAAGUUAUCAGUUGGAUUGGGGAAGAUCUCAGCCCUGGCAAAGAUGGUUCCAUCGAAAGAGUGAUAAUCACUCCUGGGGAAGGCUACACAACACCAAAUGAAGGUGCUUUGGUUGAUAUCCACCUAAUUGGAAAGCACAACGAUCGUGUGUUUGAUGAACGCGAUGCUACUUUCAAUAUCGGCGAAGGUGCCGAUGUGGAUAUCAUCGAAGGAGUCGAAAAAUCGCUGGAGAGUUUUAAAAAGAACGAAACUUCGAGACUGAUCAUCAAGGCAAAGCAUGCCUAUGGUAAAACAGGCUGUGAGAAACAUGGCAUUCCUGGCGAUGCCACUGUUGAAUUUACUGUUACAUUAAAGUCAUUUGAGAAGGCUAAAGAGAGCUGGUCAAUGGAUAGUCAGGAAAAAAUCGAUCAGAGUUUAUUAUACAAGGAAAAAGGCACGAAUUACUUCAAAGCGGGCAAAUUGGAACUCGCCGUCAAGAUGUACAAGAAGAUUUUGUCAUGUUUAGAGUUUGAUAAAACUUUUGAAGGGGAAUUAGCUGCAGAGAGGAAUCCGCUCGUGCUCAGCGCGAAUUUAAACCUUGCGUUGGUGUAUCUCAAGCAGAACAACGCUUUUGAAGCGAAAAAUGCUGCAACUGAAGCCAUCAACCAAGAUAAUACCAAUGAAAAAGCGUACUUUCGGCGUGGACAAGCAUAUCUGUUACUUAGGGAAGCUGAAUUGGCUGCUGAAGACUUUGCAGCUUGUUUAAAGAUUGAACCAAAUAAUAAAGCGGCUCAAGCGCAACUUGCGCUCUGCAAGAAAACGCUACAAGAGCAGUUACAGAAGGAGAAGAAAAUCUACGGCAACAUGUUCGCUAAGUUUGCCAAAAUGGACACGCAGAAAGAAGAGGAGGAAAAGAAAAAAGAACCCGACGUGAUGUCCUCGCUCGGAGAAUGGGGCAAAGAGGAUCGCGAGCGUGAACCGACCGAAUUCGAGAAAGAAAACCCGAAUAUUCUACUGUUGAAUGGCAGCGGCCAGUUUAAAGACAUGUAAUCCGUAGUAUAGCCAUGAGUUUAGGUUAAGAUUUGUAUGAAACUUGUGUUUCUUUAUGUGAAUUUCCAUCACGAUAGUAAUAAAGAAUCACUUACGAAUAA